CUCACAAGACAUUCCAGUGCUCGCUGCCAUCUCUUUUCCCCCGUCUUCAUCCACUUCGUUUCACUUCUUGAAGUAUCAUUAUCACUAGCGCCGAUAUGUCUGGGGAAAUGGAAGUCGACCCUCCAAUCUCGCAGGAGCAAGCCCUCGAACCACAAACCACCAGCGGUAGCGACCCACGAACAGAGACUGGCGCUGUUGCGGUACGCAGCAUUGAAGGAUGGAUUGUGCUGGUGACGAACAUUCAUGAGGAGGCGUCCGAAGAGGACGUGACAGACCUGUUUGCAGACUACGGCGAGAUCAAAAACUUCAGUCUGAACCUUGACCGGCGAACUGGUUACGUGAAAGGGUAUGCCUUGAUCGAAUACUCGACUCUUCCCGAAGCGACAGAAGCCAUCAAAGCUCUGAAUGGAACUAAACUGCUUGAUCAAACAAUUGAAGUUGACUACGCAUUUGUCCGACCACCUCCAACAAACAAAGGGAAGGCUGGGGGAAGAGGCGGUCGCGGCGGACGAAACCGUAGCCGGAGCCGUGAUAGGAGCCGCAGCCCUGGCGCUGAGGGCGAGAGGGAGUAGUUGCAUGCAAUACAUGACGCUCAACCGAUUCGCCAUUCUACCCCAAUCCAUUGUCUAUGAAUUGAGAUGAGCUUGCUGCAUGUUUUUUUCUCUCGGUUCAUCGUUCAGCCACUCGCUUUCUUUUGGCUUCCGUGGUCGAAUCUGGAAGUGGAGGAACCAAAUGUCGGCGACGUCUCUCCCGGACACCUCGGUGAUCGCUGCGCCAGGAGUUGAAAACCUCGUGGCCGGCAGUAUUUCCUGGCCUUACCUGGGGCAUUCGUGAGAUGCUUCAGUUGAAAGCGUGCCAGGGCCUACUUGCCGGCAUCAUGUAUAAUGAUUGGCAAGACCAAUCUGAAUUCAAGAACACAUCAAAGCAUCUUCAGAAUCUACCAUUUUAGUCUCGAGUUUUCCCCGCGUGAUCCCCACACAACCCCCAAAGCGUCGUGUGACUCGAUGCUAAAGUUUUCUUACCUUUCUCUACAUCCGCAUAUAAGCGCUCGAACAGGGACCUUGUAGUUCUCUUCGAUGCAUCACCCUACAUUCGACGAAUAAAGCACGAAAUUACCCCUACUCAUGUUGGCACACUGCAGGCGAGGCUGAAGCCGCGUGAUACUAGUGCCAAGCACCG